CCUGUUCCCAUGCAAGCAUUCCGGUAUUUUUCACCACAUUAAAUUCUCGUUAGGUUAUCAAACCGAACUUAUCUGCGUAAUGUGCAUUUAUUACUUGAUAUAAUAAUUUUCAACCUGGAAAGGAAACUUAUGUUAUAUAAAGGAUGCAACUGAUACCAGCGACAGUAUUUUAUGCGGCUUAAAGAUUCAAACUACUUGCAUCAACGUUAAAGAUAAGAUGCUGUGUUGGAUUAACAAGGUAGUGAUCGUCACAGAUUGCAGCGACAAUAUUGGGUUUGCUAUAAUGGACAAAUUAGCUAAAGCUGGUAUGAUAGUUAUUGGCUUUACUAAAAAUCAAAAUAUUUUGGAGGAGAUCACAAAACGGCUUAGUGCAAUGGCCAACGCAAAUGGAAAAAUUGCAUUGUUUGAAUGCAAUAUCGCAGACGUUGAACAGAUGAUUGAAGUAUUUCAGAAAAUUAAAGACACAUAUGAAGGAGUAGAUGUAUUAAUCAAUAAUGCUCAAUACAAUAUUGAUUGCUUAGUAAGUAACGGAGCUACAGAAGAUAUUAAGAACUUUAUUGACAUCAAUAUUAAUGCUUUGAUUACUUGCAUAAGACUGGCUGCAGGAUCUAUGAUAGAACGUAAAACUAGAGGACAUAUAAUUAAUAUGAAUGACAUUAUUUCGUACCAAAUACCAAAAGAUUCAAGAAAAUCUAUUUACAUAGCCACAAAAGCGACCGUAACAUCUAUCAAUGAAAUACUUCGUCACGAAUUCCGCUUCUUAAAGGCUAAUAUAAAAGUAACAAAUAUUGCUUGUGGAAGAAUUGAAGGAAAAACAGAAAUGGAAACAAUUGACCCAAAACUACAAGUAAAGGAUGUGGCUAAGUUAGUCAAACUGAUAUUGGCCACGCCCGAACAUCUACAAGUCCACGAAAUUAUGUUAGAUUCAGUAGUCGAAUAA